CGUCGCCGUCCCAACCACGAUGAACUUCGUACAACCGAUGCUGCGUCUACUUGCUCUCGUAGUGUUGGUCGCCCGGACAAACGCUGAGGAUUCCCCGCGGCGCGCAACGUUCGAGCCGAGCCCGAUUGCAGUGGCCACCCCGGACUCCAACACGUUCGCGCUCGUCAACAGCACAGAGUGCGACAAGAAAGGGGUCGCCACGCUCUACAAGAUCUACGAGCGCAACACCAUGGUCUUCCAGACGUGCGUGUCCGACGGCAACUACCAGAUCUUCCCGUUCUCUGGAACCUACCCGACGCCCGAGCAGAUCGGAAACAUGGCACGGUCUCUCGCCUGUCGUGCCAUCUUCAGCGCCGCACUUCUCGCAGGGCUUCCGGAGUGCAACAUGGGCGGCUUCUCGCUUCGAUCCGCCGCUGAAACUCAACUCAAAAUUACAGUGGACGUCGCCAACUACCCGCAGAACCCGGACGUGAUCCCGAGCACCGACCGGUUCGUCAAGAUGAUGAACUGGCGGCGCGGUGUCAACCUCGCGGAAGCUGCAGGUCUGCCGUGCGACAACAACUCAAGGCUCUACUCGGACUAUGCGAGCAAUCUGUACACGAUCACGACGGACGGUUUGGUGCGCCUCUCGUCGAGCAUGAAGGUGGAAUACCGACCGGACGUCAACAGUCCGUUCAGCCAGGAGAAGAUCAUGGAUCAUCCAGGUAUGCCAAUGCUUCGAGGAACCGGUGGGAGCCUCGAUGGCAGCGUGGACACUCUCGGGUCGGCUGCGGACGUCGAGUCAACGGGCAGUGAUACGAUUAAUGCUAUUACUCCGCAGACUGUCCCAGGCGUUGCGGACGAGUCCAGUGCUAUGAGCUGGAGCAAGUCUCGGUUAUAUGUGGUCAUUGCGUCUGUGGCAAUACUCGCGCUCGUGUAG